GCUACGUGGAGAACACAACUCUUUCAAAAAGUUUAACGUUAAAGUAAAUAAAACAAAUAGAUAAAAGCAUAUGUUAAAUCUACAUCGUUACUAUGGCACAAAUACUUAUAAACUAAGUAUGAUGUAAUCUAAAUUCUUGGGCACAUAACAGAAGAAACAAAAUUCAUAUAACUAAAUAUAAAAAGAUUCUUGCUUUAUGAAGACAAUCUGUAAAACUGUUACUAGAAAAACUGAUAUCUUCUUGCAGUGAUGUGAAUUGAAGAACCUUCUUAAAUAAAUAUGGAGAAUAUUUUCGAAGAAGACAGCGAUCAAGAAAAUUUUCAAAAUAUCAAUGCUCCUGAAGAAAUAAACUUCCAAGGAUUUCCGAUGAUCGAAUCAGAAAUAGGCGCUGGAGAUUGCCGCCCAGCUAUCACAGAGGUAACAGUAAUUGAAAACCAAACAGAAGAAGAGGAUCUAUCAACAAGUACCAUUCUCCUCAGGUCUAGAUGGUUCUACUACGCUCUACUUCUCGGAAUCCUCUCCUUCCUCAUCAGCUUUGAUGCAAAUUUCAUCACGGAAGAUGGACAAAUGUUCGAAGUCCCUUUUCUGGAGCAAAUGAUAAGGUGCAACGAGCGACGGUACGAGCUGAUACACAAUUUAAAUGUCAUUCAUACAGCUUUGAAGCGGUGCACGCUAGAAGACAGCAAGAAAGACGAAGCCGGAAAAAUGUUAACACUGUUGCAUUCCUUGUAUGAAAAGCAUAUCUUGGAUUUAGAAGAUUUUACUAGAAAGAUACCGAAGAGUUGCAAAAAUAUCGGGAAGAAGAAUGUGCCCUCUUAGCACAAUAUAUCCUUCAUUUUUUUCAGAAGAAUUUGCUGUCCUUUUAACGGUGUAUGCAAUUUGUCCAGAUUUGAUAAAUACGUUUAUUUCAGAC